AUGGAAAUUAGUGAAAACGGUAUCCGUCUCAAUGGUGUGGACGGGGCAGGAAGAGGUAUGAAAGUAGAGCAAAUUGGCCCAUUUGGAUGGUGGACCGCUGUUAAUGCCGUCUCGUCCGGUAUAAACUCUUGUGCCUUUGCCAGUAUCAGGCCAGUUUCAAAUGCUCUCUCUCUCUCUCUAAUGCUCAGCAACAGUGGGACUAUUUUUAGCCCCCCACCAAAGAGCUGCAGCCAAACUACCGCCUAG